AUGAAAGGUGCAUCAAAAUGCAUAUAUUAGUGAAAACAGAAUGCAAAAAUGCAUUAUAUCAGGAGAAACUGCUUUGCCAAAUGUGUGCAUAUUUGACAAAACUGCACACAAAAAUGUGUCUGUUAAGAGAAAUGGUCACUAAAGUGUUGCUGAAUUUUUGUGAGGACUUGAAAAAACCCAAACUGAUAUGGAAAUCGGAACUUAAGAUUGGAAGAAUGAGAAAUGGAGAACAACUGACAGAUUUGCUCAUCCCUAUUAAGCUUGCAUAGCAUUGAAACAAAAACUCCCGUUUGCGCUCUCUCUCUCACACACAGAAACCUAAACUGUGGUUCACGCAGAUUUAAAUUAUGAUUUGCACUCACUUCGUCCUUCUCACAUGGCAUCUGUUUAACUUUUUCUUUUUCUUUUUUUGAGCUACCUCCCCUUCCAGCAACUCCCCCUUUCCUUCUGACUGGCUGGUGUUAGGACCCAGCAAAGGAGUCUGGCUGGUAAUGCGAUAUAGAAACAGAGUACCCAAAUGGGACAAAGUUUGAGCAGAAAGCAUGACAUCAUUUUGACUUUCUCUCCACCCAAAGAGGACUGGGAUGGAGGUGUAAACUUCAGCCACCCAGUCUGUACGGGAAGAGAGCAACUCAGUCCAGCCCAGUUUCUGUGGGAAAGAGGAAGAACCGAGAGCCUGGUGGAUAAUCAGAAUGGACCUCCUUCAUUAUUGAUCAGCCCAGUCCUCACCCACCGGCUUCAGACAGAAACAAGAUAUUUCUAAAAAAGGGAGUGGAAGGCAGAAGGUGACGUUUGGGAAUAAGAUCUGUGGGCAGAAACCUGCACGUGUAACUUUCCAGAUUCUUUCCACGGGAUGGUACCGAUUUCACUUAAACUAUUCAUCCUUGCUCAGUUCUUUGGAAUUUAAUUUACCAGCCACUGAAGUAUUCCACCUUCAAAGAAAAAAAAAGCAUUUCUUGUCGGGCAUCGGCAAGGGAUCACCUCUUCUCCUGUGAAUGGAUUAUUUUAUUUGAUCCUGCCUGGGAUAUGUCCCUCCGAAAAGAAUACAAACCUGUGCAGAGAGUUAAUGUUUUGUGAACCGAGGAGAACUCACUGGAGAAUUUGCUUUGGUUUUCACUUCCAGGACAGGAACUAUGGAGAAUUUGUUGUCCCUGUUGUGUUUCCUCUCCCUGCUGAUUUUAUUUCAGGUGUAUGGAAACCAUACCUGGCUACGCAAACACCCAGGUUUUGAUGUCCUGGCCCAAGCAUCGCAUUAUUGGCCCCUGGGGGCCGUGGAAGGAAUCCAUGAGUUGCGAGACGCGAAUGGAGCUUUAAGAUUCCACAACUUCACUGUGCUUCCUUCCCAUAAUUCUACUUUUGUAUAUACCAAUGAUUCUGCCUACUCUAACUUCUCUGCAACUGUAGAUAUUGUAGAAGGAAUAGUGAACAAAGGCAUCUGCGUCCCAGAUGUUAAAGGAAUGACCUUCCUCCUUUUUGGAAGCCAUCAGAACUCUUGCAUUGUUAACCCGGAAUUCUGUGAACCUGAAGGUGUAACCUUCUCUUUUUUCUGGAAGACUCAGGAGCAGCAGACUAAGCCCCCUCCUGCAUAUGGGGAUCAGGUACUUUCCAGUGGAUUUAAAGUCUACUUCAGUGAAAGCAAAGGGUCUAUAGAGCUCUUUAACCAUCAGAUUUCAAAGAAGUGGGAAGCCGAUUUCAUUCCGCCAGGUCCCCAAUGGACUCAUGUUCUAUUUACCUGGAAAUCUGAAGAUGGCUUGAAAGUCUACGUCAAUGGAACCUUAAAUACCACUGAUCCAAAGGGGACAGUUUUCUACAGCUACGAUGACUCUAAUUCAAACAUGUUGACAGGGUCAGAGGGUGACCAGGCUAAGCGUUAUGUCAAUGGGGCUUUCGAUGAAUUUAUCAUAUGGGAAAGAGUGCUCACAGCCAAUGAGAUUGAGCAGUAUUUUACUGCUGCUGUAGGUGACCAGUCUUUGUUUUCUUCGGCAUCUCCGUGGGGAUGGCAGGGAACUGCAACCCUUCCGAUGCUUUCCAGAAAUGCAUACCAGCCCAUAAUAAUCAACCUUACAGAGGAGAGAGGAAACUUUCACCGGCCAUAUACCAUGUUGGACUAUUUAGGAAACAUUUCCCGUGCCUUACCCGAUGAGUCACUCACGGCAAAUACGGCCUUCAACCUUACUGAGGUCUUCUUUAAAACUGUGGAAGGUGUGCUUGCGUUUCACGGCUGGAAUGAAAUGUCACAGACUGUACCCAUUGCUCAAGACUUAGUUGAAACAAUUGACAGUGUGAUGCUUCAUGUGGGCCGCAAUCUUGGAGGAAGCCCAUCAGCCAUAACAGUUGAAGGCACAUCAUCCGUGGCAGAUUACUCUUUGGUCAAGAUGCCUCCCCUACACCUGAGCGUGCCCCACUACCGUUUCCCAUUGGAAGGGCAGAGUUAUAUUUCUAUCCCUGGAGAAGCGUUUCAGAACAAAGCUUGGAUAACCAUUGUGGGACUUCUCUACCAUACCAUGCACCAGUUCUUCGGAAGUAUCAGACCAAUCGAAACAAAAAUUCCUGAAGCUGCUGCCUGCAAGGACUGCAUGAUUUUUGCAAGCAGCUACCUUAUCUCCCUGAAAGUGGAACCCCCGCCGACGUUGUCCCACAAUUUGUCCGGUUCUCCUCUCAUUACCAUCCAUUUGAGACACAAACUGACUGCUCCCCAGUACAGCCAAGUCAUGAACGAAAGCAACCAAGUGAACUUUUACUGUGCCUUUUUGGAUUACAGCAACGGAAGUGGUGUUUGGUCUAAUGAAGGCUGCGUGCGUGAUGAAGGGGAUUCCAACUAUUCGGUCUGUUUGUGUAACCAUCUCACAAACUUUGCCAUUUUGAUGCAAGUUGUACCACUCAAGCUCUCAGCGGGACACAAGGUGGCGCUGUCCUCCAUCAGUUACAUCGGCUGCUCCAUCUCCAUCUUCUGCCUGAUGAUCACAUUGGUCACGUUUGCGGUUCUGUCCUCUGUCAGCACCAUAUGUAACCAACGCUACCACAUCCACGCCAACCUGUCAUUUGCCAUCUUAGUGGCUCAGAUCCUACUGCUUAUAAGCUUCCAGUUCAAUCCUGGGACGGUGCCCUGCAAAAUCCUUGCCGUUCUCCUCCAUUUCUUCUUCUUGAGUGCUUUUGCAUGGAUGCUAGUGGAAGGAUUUCAUCUCUACAGUAUGGUGAUCAAAGUGUUUGGAUCUGAAGAAAGCAAGCAUUUAUACUACUACGGAAUUGGAUGGGGCUGUCCACUGCUGCUCUGUGUCAUCUCAGUAACGUCAGCUGUGGAAAGCUAUGGAGAAGACAACUGCUGGCUUUCGCUGAAGAAUGGCACAAUCUGGGCUUUUGUGGCCCCAGCUCUGUUUGUAAUUGUAGUUAACAUCGGCAUUCUCAUUGCAGUCACCAGAGUCAUCUCAAGAAUAAGUGCAGAAAACUAUAAGGUGCACGGGGAUGCUAAUGCAUUCAAGUUGACGGCCAAAGCAGUUGCUGUCUUGUUGCCUAUCUUGGGGAGCUCGUGGAUUUUAGGUGUUCUGGCGGUCAACGCACAUGCAUUGGUGUUCCAGUACAUGUUUGCAAUAUUCAACUCCUUGCAAGGGUUCUUCAUCUUCCUAUUUCACUGUCUCCUGAACUCAGAGGUUAGAGCUGCCUUUAAACACAAAACCAAGGUGUGGUCGCUCACCAGCAGUUCGAUCCGCAACAUCAAUGUGAAACCUUUCAACUCGGACAUUAUAACUGGGAACAGGCCAGGAACAACCCCCACUAAACUCAACACUUGGGACAAGAGUACCAAUUCAGCAAACAAGAUUGAUCUCUCAGCAGUUUGACGGCAAUCCCUAACAACCCUCCUCUCUGAUAUCCAAACCGUAUCCUCAGGAUCUUCGACAUGCUGCCUGCCUGUCCAGUAUUUUCUCAGAAUUUGUGCCAGUAGGAACCACUCCUUUAACCACCACCUGCAAAAUUGGGGAGAUAAUUUCCCAUGCUGCAUUGGGAUUAAGUCAGUCCUUCCAGCUUCUGUUAGCAUUGCAUACUGCCUGCCACUCGUCCAUUAGGAAUAGCUAUGGAAUAGCUAGUGACAAAAUACACUGGAUGGUCUUGUAAACAGCAGCAGAGACACUAAGUGUGGGGAAAUGGAUUGCACUCCCUCAGUAAUGGGACUUCGGACGUUUAAUGGCACCUCAGGAAUGAUGAUCAUGACAUGCUUUUCCGCCUUGCAAAGCAAAUGUGUGUUUUUGUGUGUAGCAUUAUUAAAACCACGCCAUUCCUGUCUAGCGCUACAACCCCAAUUUGCAUUAAAUAAUAUGAGCAGUCCAAUUACCCAGGAGAAACAUAGCUAGAGAACACCCAGCCAACAGACAUUUCACCUGGAAGUGGCAUGGAAGUCAAAGACAGAAGGGGAAAUAGAGUCAGGAUCAAACAAUGUAUCAUGUGGCACAUUGGCCUUGGGACCAACAAUGAUGGCAGAUGUUGAGUGUGCAUGGCUUAUACAUCUGUUUGGGCUUUGCCACGGUAAGUUCCAAUGACUGUUUUGUCCACCUGCAGGGUUAUUUUAUUGGAGUGCUGUCUGCAUCAGCCAAAACACCCUUUGGUAUGAGUCAGGUGCCUGCAGUCUUUCAGAUGAGAAUCAAUGACUGUCUGCUGAAUAGAGUUUGCGGACAGAAUUAACCUGUAUGCUUUUGGGAAUCAUAACAGAGCUGACUCUUGGGUUUAUCUGUCUUCUUUGCCCGGCAGCAGCGGAUGCUGAAUGCCAAACAGGAGCACCCUCCCCCACAAAGAAAUGCAAAACAAAACGAAAACGCUUUCAUACAAACCAGCAACAAGAAGAAGAAAAAUUACUGUGAAGUCGUCAGCCGGACUGCAGCUGGGAUUGUGUUAUUAUCCACAGAUGUUGUUAUUUUAUUUUAUUUCAUCUCCUGAUAAACAAACCUUUAGUCUUUCCAGCAGUGCAGUGAUGCAAUGUCUUUUGAAGGGGAAAGCAACACCUGUUUUAAUUCUAUAAAUGUAUUUUUUGCCUUUAUUGGCUUUGCUACUCGUGUUUAUUUUCUGAUACAGUUCCAGGAAUUGCAUAGACUCAGUUCAAGCCACCUUUGCAGCCGUAAGGGCUGGCAGGUGGCUUUCUUAAACAGGCCAGCACAAGGGGUUCUCGCCACCUUUGCCCGCUUGCCCAGCACUGCUUCCUUGCAGUGAGAGGUGGCUGGGAUAGUACAUACAUUGUUGCCACAACAGCUAGAAAUCCCGUUUAAGCUCAGGGCUUACCCACACUUGCCUUUCCAGGCACAGUCCACACGUUAAAAUUCUGUGCCUGAGUAUCUUUUGUUGUGGUGGUUCCAGAGCUCUCCCUGCGAAAAACCACUCUUUAAAGCUGAAUCAGACCAAACAGCAAUCUCUGGACAACCCAAAUUGUUGUGCUUCUGCUUUAAAGAGUGGGUUUUUGCAAAGAAAGCAUGGGGGGGGGGAGAGUGGACAUGUGCCUGGAAAAAGUGGAGCAAAAGAUAAGUGUGGGUAAGUGCUCAGUAAAUAAUAAUAAUAAUAAUAAUAAUAAUAAUAAUAAUAAUGUUUUUUAAAAAAAUUAAUUAUAUUAAAGUAAAUUCAUCCCCCUGCUCCCAAGUUUAAACUGAACUUUUCAGCUGCCUUGGUGGUGGUGCAGGCCUUCUCCUGGCUGCUUUGCCCAGAAUGCCUCGCUCUAAGGAAGAAUCCCCUUGGAUCUUUCUCAGAGUCAGGAAUAACAGGAGAAGGGUGGAGAAACCACCAGCGGGGCAGAGCUGCAGCUUUCAGCUUUUUUCUUUUUUGCUCUUCAUGCCUGCAACAUGGGAGGGGGCAGAGGUGAUCUUGAUUCAAGUGUAGGAUCUCAUCAGAUCCAGAGGACCUCGGGAGGCAUGUCUUAUUUAUUUAUUUAUUUCACAAGCUUUGUACACCACGUGACUGUAAAACAAAAUGAACAAACCCUCCAAGUGGUUUGCAGAAAGGAUAAAACAAUAAAAUCAUUGG